UACCUGCCCUGCCUGCCCCCCCCUCCCGCACAGCGCCUGGGGCUCCGGGGCCGGGAGCGGAGGGGGAGGAGCUGUUCCCUGGCCUGCCCUUCCCAUGACUCUCUGCCAGCACCGGGCCGCAGCCGCCGCCCUCAAGCGCGCGUCAGGACGGGGGGGCGCCGAGAGAGCCAGCGGUCCCUCUGGCAGAGCAAACUUGGAGGAGGAAAAGCGGCCCGUUUUCUCCUGUGACGUGGGCGGGUAGUGCUUGACCAGGCUGCAAACAAAAAACAGGAGUCGCUGCACACGCUUCCCCAGAUAGCAGCAUGUUUCAGAUGCCGCUGCCUCUGGAUCGGGACGGAACCCUCUUCCGGCUCCACUUUACCACCCUCGCUGUUGGGACGGUGUGCUGCCCGCUCUUUGGCUUCCUCGUCUGUGUCACCUGGUCUCUGAUCUUCCACUUCCAGCAGACCACAGCCACCCACUGUGGAGUUCCCAACUACCUCCCCUCCAUCAGCUCUGCCAUCGGCGGGGAGACCCCCCAGCGCUACAUCUGGCGGCUCUGCAUUGGCUUGCACUCCGCCCCCCGCUUCCUGGUGGCCUUUGUCUACUGGAGCCACUACCGCGGCUGCCACUGCACACACCCCAGGUACCUCCGGCUGUGCAAGGCAGCCUUCGCGCUCAACCUGCUGGAGAACGUUGCCCUCCUGCUGCUCACCUACGUCUCCUCCUCCGAAAACUUCAUCAUCCACGAGUAUGCCUUCAUCCUCUUCAUUAUUUCGGCCCUCGGUCACAUGUGUCUGACCUGCAUUUUGUGGCGAAUGACUAAGAAACACGCAGUAAGUCCUGAGGAGCGCAAGUCCUACAAGUGGAAGAUGUGGCUGUUCCUCUUCAACCUGCUCACGUUCUUGGUGGCCGUGUGCUUUUACUUCCGCCACAACUGGUACUGUGAGUCUGGAGUCUACACCAUAUUUGCCUUCUUGGAGUACCUGGUGGUCCUUUCCAACAUGGCCUUCCACAUGACCGCGUGGUGGGACUUUGGCAACAAGGAGCUCAUGGUCAGCUCCCAGUCGGAGGACAAGCGCUUCUAGCACAGGCGGCCUCGCGGCCAGAGGACUCGUUGGGUUCCUCGGGAGGAGCCGGAGCCCGCUGCCAGCUGCGGAUUCUUCCGAGGGGCUCCAGAAGGGAUCUGGCAGAGGGGCUGAGAAGAACCCAGGGCUGCAGCCUCCUGCUGCUGCUGGCUGGUGCGGGAACGGGGGCCACGUUGCUGGGGGUCCGGAUGACUCCGCUCCAGAUAAACGGGGCAUUUUGUCUUUUAAAAAACCAAACCACAAAUGCCACGCUGCGAACUCGGAGCAGGGAAAGGGUGGGGAAGCAGAGGGCAGAUGCUCCCCCCGCCUGCCCACCCUCUCCAUGACUCUGCUCUCUUUGCAGCCGUGUGUGUGUGUGUGUGUGUGUGUGUGUGUGUGUGUGUGUGUGGUGAGGGCUAUAUGGUUACAAGCGAGCAGCCCUGAGGGGGUGGUUCCUUGCCUAUAACCUGAGCAUGAGUGAAGAAUGUAUAGCGGGGGGUCGCCGUGGCUCCGCUCAACCCUCCUUCGCGGUAAGGCUGGCGAGUUGCAGCUGCUCCACCCAACCGGUAGGAGGGACGCCCCCCCCUUGCCUCCGGCAACGGCCACCUGCCUGACCUCCUUCGGCCCGUUGGGUUCUUCCAGGCGGCAUUCCAGAAGCCCAUUGUGCCAAAGUGCCAAACCGCAGGAACCUGCGUUGAAAGAGCUGGGCAGGGAGGGACCUCUUGAAAGCGCCUCUUCUCUCUCCGUCAUUCCCUCCCCUGGUUUCUGCACUUGGUGCUCCCUGGAGAGAGCAGUGCACAUUAUGGGAGGUUAAGGAAGUUCUGGAAGGUUCUGGUGCUGCUCGUGGAGAUUGUAAUUCUGGCAUCAGAUGCUGGACCUCCACAAGCAUCCUUAGCGCCCCCCGUCCCGUCCCGUCCCGUCCCGUCCCAAAGGUGCGACUCCCAGAGGCCUUAGUGGUGGCGGAUCACUCCGUAGGCCGUUUCCAGGGCAGCCUCUUGCCUGUAUCAGGCCCUGGGCUCAAGUGCUGCCUGACCACCAGGCCCAGCAGGAGGGCCAGGCUGGAGCUGGGGUUUGCGCUUUGGGCGGAAGCGUGUGCGUGAUGUGGAAGGGAACGCGUGUGAAAGGAGGAUGUCCACGGAGUUGGGUGUGGCCGGUAGCAGCCGCCUGAGUGCUCACGUCAUCCCAGUUGGGCUCGCUCACCUUCGCACGUUUGGCUCCCUCAUAGCAAAAGACUAUUUGGGGAGGGGCUGGGCUCCCCUCCUCUCCCCUCCCUUCCCCUGCCCUGUUCACAACCCCUUCGGUCUUCUUCCCAGCUGGAGAGAGCAGGGAGGCCCGGCAGGAUCACGCUCCAGCUAAGGCCUAGAGAAGUGGGUGGGCACUACGCUGGGUCCCUCCUGUCAACAGCAGAACGGGAGGGUGGGGGGGCAGCAGAGAAGCGUUCCUGGGAAGGGGAAGUGAGCUGCGAGCACGGGGCCGGUAAGACCUUAAAGGAGAGCCAGAUUUAGGGAUCCCCCCCUGCCCCCAAGGGUCAGCAAGCGGAGUGAGGCUGCCUUUGGGGCUCAGCGGGAAGGAGCCAAAAGCCAGCUGGGCGUGGCCUGUGGAGUCUCCUCCUCUUCUGACUCAGUGGCAAGAUCUGUCGGGGGGGGGGCGGGGGGGGUUGGGUUCUGGCGCUGCUUCCUGAUGCCCGAAUCUGCCAGGUGUGGUCCCCACUGCCAAGAGCGUGUGGCUGUGUGAGAGAGCGCGUGGAAAGGCGUGUUCAGCCGGGCGUCUGUUUUCCUUGGCUCGCUCCCACCCCCACUGCCGAUAAAAUAAAGCGCUGGCUAUUUUGUUUUUA